AUGGUGUUGCCUAUAAUAAUCGGUCUGGGGGUGACAAUGGUUGCUCUCAGUGUUAAGUCUGGUCUCAGUGCGUGGACCGUUUACAAGACUCUAUCUCCUUUGACCAUAGCAAAACUAAAUAAUAUUCGCAUAGAAAACGCAACAGCUGGCUAUCGCAAUGAGCUCAAGUUCAAAAGCUCGCUGAUAGAUGAACAGCUGAAAAAUCGGUUGAACCAGUACCAGGGCGGCUUUGCGCCUCGAAUGACAGAACCAGAAGCUUUACUCAUCUUGGAUAUCUCCGCAAGAGAGAUUAAUCACUUGGAUGAAAAACUGUUAAAAAAAAAACAUAGAAAGGCUAUGGUUCAAAACCAUCCAGAUAAGGGAGGAAGUCCCUAUAUAGCGGCCAAGAUAAACGAAGCUAAAGAGCUUCUCGGAAGAAGCGUUUUGCUAAGAAAGAAUUAG